CACAUAUGAGGUGUGUGACAAAACCACUGGACACUGUGAGAGUGGUUGCCCCGAUGGAUACACUGGGACUGGCUGUCAGGAAACUUGUCCUGAGGGACGCUAUGGUUCUGGCUGCAUGGAGGCGUGUGGACAUUGUGCUGGAGGAGAUCAGCACUGUCACAGUGUGGAUGGGACUUGUACACAUGGCUGCCAGGGCUACUGGAGUGGAACAUUGUGUAAAGCGUGUAGUGCCUACAGGUUCGGUGACCUGUGUGACAGGAGGUGUAGAUGUAAGGACAGGCAUGAAGUGUGUGCCAAGAGGACAGGUCAGUGUCACACUGGAUGUGAAGACGGAUGGACAGGACUGGCCUGUUAUACACCGUGCCAGGACGGGACCUACGGCUUCAGCUGUACAGGCAGAUGUGGGAGGUGUCAGGGUGGACAGCCAUGUGACAAAAUAGGAGGAGAGUGUCAAACAUGUGCUGACGGAUUCAAGCCUCCGUUUUGUCAAGAGUGUGAGGACUACUUCUAUGGGGAGCAAUGCAGCUCUAGAUGUGGCCAUUGUCGUGACAACGCCACCUGCAACAACACGUCAGGCGAGUGCCCGGAUGGAUGUGAACCAGGAUGGCAAGGGAUGACGUGUGACCAAGAGUGCAGUGACUACAGGUUCGGUGACCAGUGUGACAUUGAGUGUAGAUGUAAGGACAGGCAGGAAGUGUGUGACAAGAGGACAGGUCAGUGUGACUCUGGAUGUGAAGACGGAUGGACAGGACUGGACUGUCAGACACCGUGCCAGGACGGGACCUACGGCUUCAACUGUACAGGCAGAUGUGGGAGGUGUCAGGGUGGACAGCCAUGUGACAAAAUAGGAGGAGAGUGUCAAACAUGUGCCCCCGGAUUCAAGCCACCGUUUUGUCAAGAGUGUGAGGACUACUUCUAUGGGGAGCAAUGCAGCUCUAGAUGUGGCCAUUGUCGUGACAACGCCACCUGCAACAACACGUCAGGCGAGUGCCCGGAUGGAUGUGAACCAGGAUGGCAAGGGAUGACGUGUGACCAAGAGUGCAGUGACUACAGGUUCGGUGACCAGUGUGACAUUGAGUGUAGAUGUAAGGACAGGCAGGAAGUGUGUGACAAGAGGACAGGUCAGUGUGACUCUGGAUGUGAAGACGGAUGGACAGGACUGGACUGUCAGACACCGUGCCAGGACGGGACCUACGGCUUCAACUGUACAGGCAGAUGUGGGAGGUGUCAGGGUGGACAGCCAUGUGACAAAAUAGGAGGAGAGUGUCAAACAUGUGCCCCCGGAUUCAAGCCACCGUUUUGUCAAGAGUGUGAGGACUACUUCUAUGGGGAGCAAUGCAGCUCUAGAUGUGGCCAUUGUCGUGACAACGCCACCUGCAACAACACGUCAGGCGAGUGCCCGGAUGGAUGUGAACCAGGAUGGCAAGGGAUGACGUGUGACCAAGAGUGCAGUGACUACAGGUUCGGUGACCAGUGUGACAUUGAGUGUAGAUGUAAGGACAGGCAGGAAGUGUGUGACAAGAGGACAGGUCAGUGUGACUCUGGAUGUGAAGACGGAUGGACAGGACUGGACUGUCAGACACCGUGCCAGGACGGGACCUACGGCUUCAACUGUACAGGCAGAUGUGGGAGGUGUCAGGGUGGACAGCCAUGUGACAAAAUAGGAGGAGAGUGUCAAACAUGUGCCCCGGAUUCAAGCCACCGUUUUGUCAAGAGUGUGAGGACUACUUCUAUGGGGAGCAAUGCAGCUCUAGAUGUGGCCAUUGUCGUGACAACGCCACCUGCAACAACACGUCAGGCGAGUGCCCGGAUGGAUGUGAACCAGGAUGGCAAGGGAUGCAGUGACUACAGGUUCGGUGACCAGUGUGACAUUGAGUGUAGAUGUAAGGACAGGCAGGAAGUGUGUGACAAGAGGACAGGUCAGUGUGACUCUGGAUGUGAAGACGGAUGGACAGGACUGGACUGUCAGACACCGUGCCAGGACGGGACCUACGGCUUCAACUGUACAGGCAGAUGUGGGAGGUGUCAGGGUGGACAGCCAUGUGACAAAAUAGGAGGAGAGUGUCAAACAUGUGCCCCCGGAUUCAAGCCACCGUUUUGUCAAGAGUGUGAGGACUACUUCUAUGGGGAGCAAUGCAGCUCUAGAUGUGGCCAUUGUCGUGACAACGCCACCUGCAACAACACGUCAGGCGAGUGCCCGGAUGGAUGUGAACCAGGAUGGCAAGGGAUGACGUGUGACCAAGAGUGCAGUGACUACAGGUUCGGUGACCAGUGUGACAUUGAGUGUAGAUGUAAGGACAGGCAGGAAGUGUGUGACAAGAGGACAGGUCAGUGUGACUCUGGAUGUGAAGACGGAUGGACAGGACUGGACUGUCAGACACCGUGCCAGGACGGGACCUACGGCUUCAACUGUACAGGCAGAUGUGGGAGGUGUCAGGGUGGACAGCCAUGUGACAAAAUAGGAGGAGAGUGUCAAACAUGUGCCCCGGAUUCAAGCCACCGUUUUGUCAAGUGUGAGGACUACUUCUAUGGGGAGCAAUGCAGCUCUAGAUGUGGCCAUUGUCGUGACAACGCCACCUGCAACAACACGUCAGGCGAGUGCCCGGAUGGAUGUGAACCAGGAUGGCAAGGGAUGACGUGUGACCAAGAGUGCAGUGACUACAGGUUCGGUGACCAGUGUGACAUUGAGUGUAGAUGUAAGGACAGGCAGGAAGUGUGUGACAAGAGGACAGGUCAGUGUGACUCUGGAUGUGAAGACGGAUGGACAGGACUGGACUGUCAGACACCGUGCCAGGACGGGACCUACGGCUUCAACUGUACAGGCAGAUGUGGGAGGUGUCAGGGUGGACAGCCAUGUGACAAAAUAGGAGGAGAGUGUCAAACAUGUGCCCCCGGAUUCAAGCCACCGUUUUGUCAAGAGUGUGAGGACUACUUCUAUGGGGAGCAAUGCAGCUCUAGAUGUGGCCAUUGUCGUGACAACGCCACCUGCAACAACACGUCAGGCGAGUGCCCGGAUGGAUGUGAACCAGGAUGGCAAGGGAUGACGUGUGACCAAGAGUGCAGUGACUACAGGUUCGGUGACCAGUGUGACAUUGAGUGUAGAUGUAAGGACAGGCAGGAAGUGUGUGACAAGAGGACAGGUCAGUGUGACUCUGGAUGUGAAGACGGAUGGACAGGACUGGACUGUCAGACACCGUGCCAGGACGGGACCUACGGCUUCAACUGUACAGGCAGAUGUGGGAGGUGUCAGGGUGGACAGCCAUGUGACAAAAUAGGAGGAGAGUGUCAAACAUGUGCCCCGGAUUCAAGCCACCGUUUUGUCAAGAGUGUGAGGACUACUUCUAUUGGGAGCAAUGCAGCUCUAGAUGUGGCCAUUGUCGUGACAACGCCACCUGCAACAACACGUCAGGCGAGUGCCCGGAUGGAUGUGAACCAGGAUGAGUGCAGUGACUACAGGUUCGGUGACCAGUGUGACAUUGAGUGUAGAUGUAAGGACAGGCAGGAAGUGUGUGACAAGAGGACAGGUCAGUGUGACUCUGGAUGUGAAGACGGAUGGACAGGACUGGACUGUCAGACACGUGAGAGGAGAGUGUCAAACAUGUGCCCCGGAUUCAAGCCACCGUUUUGUCAAGAGUGUGAGGACUACUUCUAUGGGGAACAAUGCAGCUCUAGAUGUGGCCAUUGUCGUGACAACGCCACCUGCAACAACACGUCAGGCGAGUGCCCGGAUGGAUGUGAACCAGGAUGGCAAGGGAUGACGUGUGACCAAGAGUGCAGUGACUACAGGUUCGGUGACCAGUGUGACAUUGAGUGUAGAUGUAAGGACAGGCAGGAAGUGUGUGACAAGAGGACAGGUCAGUGUGACUCUGGAUGUGAAGACGGAUGGACAGGACUGGACUGUCAGACACCGUGCCAGGACGGGACCUACGGCUUCAACUGUACAGGCAGAUGUGGGAGGUGUCAGGGUGGACAGCCAUGUGACAAAAUAGGAGGAGAGUGUCAAACAUGUGCCCCCGGAUUCAAGCCACCGUUUUGUCAAGAGUGUGAGGACUACUUCUAUGGGGAGCAAUGCAGCUCUAGAUGUGGCCAUUGUCGUGACAACGCCACCUGCAACAACACGUCAGGCGAGUGCCCGGAUGGAUGUGAACCAGGAUGGCAAGGGAUGACGUGUGACCAAGAGUGCAGUGACUACAGGUUCGGUGACCAGUGUGACAUUGAGUGUAGAUGUAAGGACAGGCAGGAAGUGUGUGACAAGAGGACAGGUCAGUGUGACUCUGGAUGUGAAGACGGAUGGACAGGACUGGACUGUCAGACACCGUGCCAGGACGGGACCUACGGCUUCAACUGUACAGGCAGAUGUGGGAGGUGUCAGGGUGGACAGCCAUGUGACAAAAUAGGAGGAGAGUGUCAAACAUGUGCCCCGGAUUCAAGCCACCGUUUUGUCAAGAGUGUGAGGACUACUUCUAUGGGGAGCAAUGCAGCUCUAGAUGUGGCCAUUGUCGUGACAACGCCACCUGCAACAACACGUCAGGCGAGUGCCCGGAUGGAUGUGAACCAGGAUGGCAAGGGAUGACGUGUGACCAAGAGUGCAGUGACUACAGGUUCGGUGACCAGUGUGACAUUGAGUGUAGAUGUAAGGACAGGCAGGAAGUGUGUGACAAGAGGACAGGUCAGUGUGACUCUGGAUGUGAAGACGGAU